AUAAACAGAUUUGACUAUUCAAAAAUGUGCUCUGUUCACCCACUGUCCAUAAAUUUGCAUAAAUGCUGGUUUCACGGGAGGGAACUGAAGUCAUUCAGAGCAGGUAUGAAGAUCAGAAAGGACUCAAUGGACACAUUUAGAAAGGACGCAAGGAAAGGCUUGAGGCAGCUGAGCUGAGCAGAAGACCAAGUGGAAGUGAUGGCGCUCAGUCAGAUCUUCCAGUCUCAUAUAAUGAGUGAUCUGCUGACGAUCCGUGAGAAAGGCAUCCUCGUUCGUCUGCUGGAGCCGCACUGCAAGCUGGUCAAAACUACGGUUGCCCAGAUACUCCAGGCCAAUGAUUCCGAGGGUCGGAGCAGGAGCUGGCAUCGUGUGGACUGCGGUGUGGUCUGCCUCAUUGAGGACACGUCUCUGCAGUCCUUCUUCCUGCGUCUCUAUUGUGUCCAGCGUGCCAAGUUACUGUGGGAGCAGGAAUUGUACAUUCCUUUCAAAUACGCUGCAAGUCGAGCAUACUUCCAUACUUUCCCUGGAGAAGCCGACCAGGUCGGUCUCAACUUUGCAAACGAAUCUGAGGCAGAGGAGUUUCAGUCUGCAGUGCAGGAUGUUCAAGAAAAGAUGACAGCCAUGAUUGGGAAGUCAAAAACUGAAGAAAAGAUCUUCUCAAGAAGCAACCCACCUGCUUUGGAGGAAAAACAAGAGGAUCAUUUGUACAAAAAGCCAGUUUGCUUCCCACCGGUUCCAGCCUCUCCAAGUUUGUUCUCAGAUCUGGAUCCUGAUAUGAAGAAGCUGUUGAUGGAGGCAAGACUAAGCGAGGAAGACCUUAAAAACAAAGACGUUGCUGAAGUUGUCGACUGCAUCAUUAACCAGUUUGGAGGACUGAAAGCUGUGCAAAAAGAGCUGAAGAAGAAAGGCACAGUUUCACAGACUUUACCAAGAUCUGCAGGGGCAUCCAUUUCCCUCGCUUUGCAGAAAGGGCCUCUACCACCGGUCCCCUCAACCCAAAACUCUGAGCAGACAACAGAUAGCACAACCAGAACAGGUGACAGUCAGUAUACUCCUCCUGCUGCUCCCGGACCUGGACGAUUGAGAAGAAGUGCCAGUUUUAAAGAUGUGGGCUCGUCAGCAGAACCACAAAAAAGCGAUCUCAUCCUGAAGGCGCUGAGAGAAGUAUUCAAUCAAAAGCAGAUGCUCCGGCAAACCUCACGAGAAUUUCAAAAUUAAGCUGACUUAAGAAAGAAAACAGAAAUACAUUAAGGAAGCCAGGUAGAUGGUGGAGCAGCAGAUGCAUUAAGAUAUGCAAGACUUACAAUAUAUGAGCUGAUUAUGAUUUUUAUUGUUCUCACCCAAAGUCAUUAAUGCAGCAGCAAGAAAGUUCUGCAGGUAAUAGGUGGGACGUGAAAGUGAUGAUCGUCUGCAACUCAGUAAACUUAACGUCUUUAAACUUAAAGAUCACCAGCAAGUUUCCACAGAAGCUUUCAAAUAAAUAUAUGCAGAAAUGAUGUGUGUUGGAUUCUUGUUUAUGGCGGGAGUUUUAAAAAUAGCUUUCAAAACUGACUACUUCUUCAGUUAAUUGGAACAAGAUCCACGGAGGCUCUCUAUUUAAUUAUUUAACUAUUUAAUUGACGUCAGUGUUUGUAAUGUUUCCAAGCAUCAUGAAUUGUGACGGUCACACAUUUAUCUGUGAAGAACUGAACACUCGUAUUUCACCUUCUCACAAUAAACAUAGAAAAGUC